AUGUCCAGCUCCACAGCUGCUCCGACUGUACCAGCGGCCCCACCGGCUCCGUCGGCCGCUCGUCCAAGGCAUAGACGCCGUGGGAAGGGCCCCGCAAACCGACAAGGCCAGUCUAAUCCCACAGCCAACGACCAGCCUCCUCAAGACCAACAGGGACAACCAGGUCGAGCUGCGCCCACCGACCAAACAACCGAACCGUCUCGUUCGCGGAGAGGGCAAAAAGAAACCAGGGGAUCUGGAAGUCGCAGAGGGCGUGGCAAUGGACCUCGACAAAGCGGGCAGGCACAAAAUGCCGAACAAUCGGACCAAACAUCACAAAGGCAGUCUCGGGGGAUGAGAGCACGAGGAUUUGGGGCCCGACUGACCAAAGCCGACGAUGCUCAAGACGAAACAGAGCCCCAAGGACCCGCAGACCCAGAUGCCAAUCUCCGUGCCGAUGCGCCGGAUUUUGUGCCUGGUAUGCCCGCAUCUGCCCCGCCUUCUUCUACAGCUUCGGGACAAGCUAGCAAAGGCAAAGGGAAACAAAAGUCUAAGCCGCCUCAAAAGCCGCCCAAGGUCACGACGAAAUCUGUUGCCGACGACAUCGCCACCCGUAUCCACGAAGAUAUUGCUCACAACCUUUAUGAAUGCCCCAUAUGUACAAGCGAGCUUGGAAGAAGGUCCAAAGUCUGGUCUUGUGAACUUUGUUGGACCGUGUUUCACUUGAGUUGUAUCAAAAAAUGGUCUACUAAUGAAGGAGCUGCUGCCGCGCGACAGCCACAAAAUGCAGAAGGCUCUAUUACGCCCAAGGCAUGGCGUUGCCCUGGCUGCAAUCUGUCACAUGAGCAGUUCCCUUCCACAUAUACGUGCUGGUGUGAAAAGGAAUCUGAUCCACGACCCUUGGCUGGUUUACCUCCACACUCGUGUGGCCAGACCUGUUCACGGGCUCGGAAGGGAUGCCCCCACCCAUGCGAUGCAACCUGUCAUGCGGGUCCUUGUGCUCCUUGUACUUCAAUGGGACCUACCCAAGAUUGCUUUUGUGGUCGUAAUUCAUCCUCGAAGCGAUGCCAGGAUACCGAUUAUCAAAAUGGCUGGAGCUGCGGGGAAAUAUGUGGCGACCUCUUACCAUGCGGAGAACACACAUGUCCCCUUCCCUGCCACGAGGGUCUAUGUGGUGCAUGCGAAGUCAAGAUCGAUGCGCAAUGUUAUUGUGGAAAGGUGCACACAGAGAUGCUGUGUAGCUCCAAGGACGAGGAGCUGGAUAGCGAGAAGAUGAAGGACGACGGAUCUAACGAAGAAUGGAUCGGUUGUUUCAGCUGCCCUGACUCUUGCGAUCGCCCCUUCGAUUGCGGCGUGCAUUUCUGUCAGAAGGACUGUCACCCUCAAGAUUCUCUUCCGGCACACUGCCCUCGCUCGCCGGACACGAUUUCUCGUUGUCCAUGCGGUAAAACACCAUUGACAGAAGUCCCGGGAUAUACCCCGCGUACAUCGUGCGAGGACCAGAUCCCCAAUUGCUUCGAGCCUUGUGGUAAGAUGCUGCGUUGUGGUCAUUCUUGUGAUAAGAUCUGCCACACUGGAUCUUGCGGUACAUGUACUCGUCGCGUUCCGAUUUCAUGUCAAUGCGGUCGCAACACGUCAAUGAGUAUCUGUCACCAGGGUGAUAUGAAUGCACCCCAGUGCUUCCGGCAGUGCAAGGCGAGUCUGCAUUGUGGACGUCAUAGCUGUACGGAGAGGUGUUGCCCCGGAGAGCAGAAGGCGAUUGAGCGCCAAGCUGCCCGUCGAAAGCUCAAACCUCAUCUUCGCCCCGCUGAAGAAGAUAUUGAAGCUGAACACAUCUGCACCCGUGUUUGUGGUCGAACGCUGAAAUGCGGUCGACACACCUGCCCUGAGCUUUGUCACAAGGGCGCCUGCAACACUUGUCGAGAGGCAAUCUUUGAUGAAAUUUCGUGUAACUGCGGAAGAUCAGUUUUAUACCCCCCCUCUCCCAUGUGGCACGCAGCCGCCCCCGUGUUCGCGCCCCUGCGAACGUCCCAAGGCCUGUGGACAUCCUCAAACAGCACAUAA